AUGGAUGUUAUUUCGAAUGGUACUAAAUUAAAAAACGUAGACAAUGAACCAGAACAAUAUGUUAAUAAAAAUAAAAAUUUAGGCACAAAUGUUUCUGAAAAAUAUGUCCCAGAAUUAUCAAGCAUGUAUUUAAAAGAGGACCCUCUUAUGCUAGCUGAAAAUAAAUCACAAAAUGAUGAGAGUGAUCAAAGUGAGGAAAAGAGGGAGGAAAAACUAAACAUCUUAAAGAAUACAGAUAUUUCUGAUGAUGAAAAACUAAGCAAAGAUGAUGCAAAUGAAAAAUACAAAAACGGUGAUUAUGAAGAAGCAUUAAAAAUAUGGAAAAGAGGGUUAAAAUCAAUAAAUUAUGUUUUAUCAAAACACGAAGAAUUAAAUAGUGAAAAAUUAAAUGAAUUUAAAAAAUUACACUCUACUUAUUGUAGUAAUAUUGCUCAAGGGCAUUUAAAAUUAAACCAAUAUUCUGAAUGUGUUAAAUAUUCAUUACUGGCACAAGAAAAUGAUAGGCUAAAUGCUAAAAUUUAUUUUAGACUAGCUAAAGGGUAUUUUAUGCUAGGAAAAUAUGAUGAGGCAUUGCAUAUAUUAAAUGAGGGAAUUAAAAUAAAUAAUGAUACAGCAUUAAUUAAUUUAUUACAAGUUGUAAAAAGAAAAAAACUCAUAUAUUUACAAAAGGAAAAAAAUACUAUGAAAUUUAUUUUCCAAAAGCUCGAAGAAAAAUCAAUAAUGGAAACUGAUAAAAGAAAUGCAAAACAAUUCUUUAAUAAUAUUUUUUCAUUUAUUUGUGUUUUUCUUAUGUAUGUUUAUUCUUUAUUUGUUAAUUUAUCAAACUACUUUUCCCACAUAAUAAAAAAAUCGAAAAUGAUAAAGAAGGACGAAUAG